AUGGAAUAUGAAUUUGAAAUCGAAGAUGAACAUACAAUAAUUCAGCAACAAUUGCACCAAAGGCUAAAUAAUGGCUCCAAUAACAAUAUAGAAGAUGAUGAUGAUCAAGUUACAGACCAUCAAAAUGAACAACAGCAACAUCAGCACAAUAAUGAAAGUUCAAAAAAAGAUAUUUUAACCCCAAUUUUAUCAAAUUUAUAUAUACCACAUCUUUAUUUAACUAAAGAGGAAAUAAUUUCAUUAAAAGAAAACAAAUCACAUGAAGCUUUUUUUUUUAAAAUUAUACCAAAUUAUUAUCAAUUAAAUUAUGAAAAUAAUAAUGAAGAAUUACAAAUAUUAUUAUUAAAUUAUUUGGAAAAUAAAUUAAUUCAUCUAAAAAAGACACUAGAGUCAAUACCAACAAAUAAAGUAACACAGGAAACAAGUGAAAUAAUAAUAAAGUUUAUAUUAAAUAAAGAAUUUGAAUUUUCAGAACAGGGCAUAGUUGGUUUAAAAAUUAUUGUUUUAUUAGGGAGCAAUUUGAAUAAUAAUGAUGAUGGGUUAAAUAAAUAUAAAAAUGAAAUUUUAAAAUAUUUUAAUAAAAUUUAUGAAAAAUUAGAACCAACUGAAGAUGAAGUAGUUAGGGAAUCACAAUCACUAUUAUUUAAUGAGCUAUUAGAAAUUUUAAAUAUUUUCGAAAUUAUAGACAAGGAUGAAAAUAUAAUUAUGGGUGAUUCAGAAGAAAAGAGCUCUUUGGUAUUAAAGUUUAUUUACUUUUUCGAAAUUAUUCAGUGUGGCAAAUGGUAUCAAAUUAAAUUUAAAAAACAAAUUCAAGAUGCAAUUAAAAUUGAAAAACAGUUGUUUGGAAACAGAGAAUUAAUCGAUUUUCAAAUUUUAACACCCAUUGCAAAUUCAUUAUUAUCAAAGUGUCGUUUCGAUUUAUUCAAAUUUAAAGAAUUUAUAGAAUCUAUUCAAAUCGGUAUAUAUAAUGAAUAUUUUACAUAUAUUUUUUCAAUUGUAGAAUUUGAUUUAUGGAUACCAUUAGUUAAAUUAUUUUCAACAAAUAGCAAUAGUAAUAAUAGUGGCAACAACAAUAGUAAUAUUAUAUAUUUAAUUAAAAAAAUAUUAAACAAAAGAAAAGAAAGAGAUUUAUACGAAAAUCAACAUAGUUUAAUCGAAAUUAGAAAGUUCCCCUUUUAUAGCUCAAUGGAAUCAAUUUUUAAAAUAGAAGAGCACUUUACAGAAAAACAAGAAAAAAAGUUUUUGAAAUCAUUAUAUAUAGAGUUUUUCGAUCAGUUAAAACAAUUUAAAACAGUAGAGUCAUUCAUAGAACCAUUAGUACAUAAAAUCAAUCAAUAUCCAAUUAAGAAAAAGUUUUUAAAAAGUAAACUAAACUAUUUAUUGUCAGAACUGGAUAUAUCUGUUAUUCAACGAGAGUUAUUGGUAAUUCAAGAUUUUAAAGAUCAGAUAGUAUCAUCAACCAUUUAUAAAGAGAAACUAAAAAUCGAUCAACAAGAAAGGUUGUUAGAGGAGAGUGAAUUAACUGUAACUUUAUUAGGUCAACUACCACAGGAAAUCAUACACCACAUUAUUAAAGUUUUGAUAAACAACUCCACUACAUCAAACUACUAUAAAUUAAUGUUGUCAUUGGUUUGCAAAGAUUUCUUUUUAGUUGUGUCUAAUGAGAUCAAUCAAUCAAUAGAGUAUCCCAUUGAUGUCACCAAUUUAUCGUUUCAUCACGGCACAAACAACAGGUACUCACUGUGGUCCACAAACAAAGUUUCAUUCAUCAAACAUUAUUGCUCGAGAAUUAUCGAAAAUGCAGAUUACCUUCAAAGCUAUUUUCAAAGAAUUAAUAUAGUCGAAAGCUUCUUUCCUUGGAGAUAUUUAUAUAGAUACCCAAAUUUAAGAGCAAUAGAUCUAUGCGGCGAGCUUAAUCAAGAGCUGUUGAACUGGUUAAUCUAUAGUCCAAACUUUGAAAAAGUAAUAUUAAAAAGCAAAUUAAGUUUAGUUAAUCAAUUCAAUAGUCAAUUAAUAAAGCUAUCAAGGAAUUUAAAACUUUUAAAAAUAACUUGUUUAAUCGACACUGAAGAAGAAGAUCAAAAUUUUAAUUACAAAUUAUUAGAUCUAGCAACUGGUAGUAGUGGUAACAUCGAAAUAGGGUGUCAAGUUUCAAUUGGUCAAUUUUUCGACAUUGAUUUCUUAUCUCAAGUAUUACCAAAAAUGAAAUACCUAACUUUAGAAAUUGAACCUUGGAAAGAGGAUAUAGAAGAAACAACAUUAUUCAACUACUUGCAGAAUCCAUAUGACUUGUUGUAUUUUGACCCAGAAAACAAUAAUAAUAAUAAUAAUAAUCAGGAAGAAAGAAUCAAUCCACAUAGUGCAAACAUGGAAUGUUUAGAAGAUUUAAUUUUAGAAUUUAAAUCAUAUGACAACUCUUUUGAAUAUUUUGACAAGCUAUUAAAACUAUUCAAGAAUGCCGUUAAUUUAAAAACAAUUCAUUUCAUUUCACCAGGUGGUGGUUUAGAAUCUAACCAACCUAAAAAAGUUAUAACAAAUAUCUUAAAAGCCAGUUCAAAUAAUUUAAAUCACAUUAAAAAUUUAAAAUCAAUUAAAAUUUCAAAGCAUCCAUUCAAAAAUAUUAAUUUAACAUAUUAUGAAAAUAUAAAUAUAGAUGAUAUAAAUUGGUUUAAUAUAAAUACAUUUAAUUUUAAACCAAAUUUAGAUUUUAUUUUAUUUUAUAAUAAUAAUAAUAAUAAUAAUAAUAAUAAUAAUAAUAAUAAUAAUAAUAAUAAUAAUAAUAAUAAUAAUAAUAAUAAAAACAAAAAUAAUAAAAAUAAAAGAAAGUUUAGUUCUAUUUAA